AUGCCGCUGUUCUCUAAUGGCGCCCUAAAAUCUCUCCGCAACGAAUCUGCCGCGUCACUGAAAGCCCGCGAGGAGCCCGCAGUACCCCCCCGGCAACCCAGUAUCACAGACCGACGGCGACAAUGUUGGUGGAGCCAAAGAAGCGGCCACCGGCGCCGCGGCAUCCAAGGCCGACGCAGACCAAUCACUGAUAGCCUCGUCGAGCCUGGCCGAUUCGCACUCGCCGCCUAUGUUGUCAUCCCAGGAGAGCCGGAAUACGCCGCUGGAAAAGCACGCGCCCACGUCACGUCGUGCAGGCGGAAAGCCCAACAGCAACGACGCUUCCUGAUUGGCGGCCUGGCAAAUGCAUGGAAACGCGUCCGAUCCGGAAGAAGAGAAAAUGGCCACUGGUGCCAGAUCCACUCGUUCGCGACGCACAAAACUGCCCCCAUUACGAUCGUCAACAAGGUCGACGACGCAUUUCUCAGCCGAGACUUCCGCUUCAUCGACUACUCGGUCAUCUCCAAUAGACUUCUAAAGACGAUGGCCGUCGAGGGUUGGCUGAUGGAAACCUGGACGGCGAGCGAGAAGGGGAGGGUUGUAAUAAUGUCGGCCGAGCAGUGCCCGAAUGAGACGCUGUCGAAGCUACUGCUGGAGCCUCCCAAAGCCGCUAGUCCGACUACCGCCAAGGCGGCUUCGGAGGCCCGGCCGGAUGUCGAUCUCCCAAAUGUCAACGACUUUCUCAAGAAGCUUGUCACUUCCGGAAGACGCACCGAGCGGAGAACCCGAACCCGAAAGCAGCAUGGGCAGGCGAAGCAAGUCCAGGAUGAGAUCGUUGUUGAACCGGUCCAAAGUAGUCCCGACGAGGACGAACUAGACGAGCACCAGCCAAGCACGCCCACUUUGCAGUCGGAGGCAACAGAUCGUAGCGGCUCGCGAACGGACGGCAACAUCACCAAAACAACCAACGCAGAUUCGGCCAGUCAGGUUACGACAAGUGAGCAAUCGGUGGACGACAUGGACAUCGACUCACUACGGAUGGAUCCCGAAGAAGAACCGAGUAGGAUCGCACCGAUAAGUGCCUGUGCGGAAGUGAACAAUGGGUUGAUGAGCGCAGACCCUGAUAGAGACUUGGUCGCGGACAUGAGCAUGGCGAAUACGCUGGCGAGCGACAAUCCUGAUUGGUGCGCCAUGACCCAUUUUUCCAUGGACGCAGACGCUUUGAAGGGAUGCGACGCGCUGCCAUACAGCAUCCAGGCUGAACCGAUACUAGAAUAG